AUGGAUACUCCUCCGACACCUCCUGCUUCGAUACCCCCGACCGUCUCAGAUGAGGACGAAACGGACGACACAAAAGACCUUCUCCAACACUACCUGAACCUAGAACCCAACCUUGAGACGUUAUACACGCAGUGGUCGGCCUCAGAUCCAAAUUUUAGAAAGAAGGCACCGAAAUUUACUGGCGUACGAAUAUUACGGCAAGACGCAUGGGAAGCGCUGAUCGGGUUCAUUUGCAGCAGUAACAACAAUAUCAUUCGAAUAUCACAGAUGGUAGAGAAGCUAUGCACGCACUACGGGCCAUACAUUGGGACGUUAGACGGCCGGCGGUAUCACGACUUCCCACACCCAUCGUCUUUGACGGGCAAGAAUGUCGAAGCUCACCUCCGAGAGCUAGGCUUUGGCUAUCGGGCAAAGUACAUCUACCAGACGGCGAAGAUGAUAGCCGAAGAUCACGAGGAAGGCUGGCUGGAAAACCUGCGCAACCCUGAAAGCCCAGCUUAUGGUGGAAAGGCGUCGCCUGCGGGAGAAAUGAAACCUGAAGGACGAGAUGGGUAUCGGGAGGCGCACGAACAGCUUCUUAGUUUACAAGGGGUCGGUCCCAAAGUCGCAGACUGUGUCUGUCUGAUGGGACUAGGCUGGGGAGAGGCUGUGCCCGUGGACACCCAUGUCUGGCAGAUUGCGCAACGGGACUACAAAUUUGGAAAGGGGAAGCACAGCAGCUUGACGAAAGCGACCUAUGAUGCCGUAGCCAACCAUUUCCGCAAACUCUGGGGUAAAGAGGCUGGAUGGGCGCACAGUGUACUCUUCACAGCCGACUUGAGGACAUUUGCCGAGCGGCUGACCACCAAGGUCGAAACAAGCAUAAAAGAAGGUUCGCCAAACGGAAAGGAGCCUUUGGUCGAUCGGAAAGAGACUGUGCAACGCGUCACAGUCAAGCGCGAACUUGAAGAUGAAGAUGAACCGCAGACCAAAGUUGAGAUUGAGGAGGAGGUGGUGGUGGUGGUGAAGGUGACGAGUGGGAGUGGGAGGGUCAAACGUAGGAGGCGAGGGUGA